AUGGAGGUGGAGGUGGGACGUCACAAUGUUCUGUUGGUACGGAGUGAAGGCAUAUACAGCGCCAUCGGCAACCAGUGUACACACUACGGAGCUCCCUUGAGCAAAGGUGAGGAAGUACAGUCAGUGUGUGUGUUUGUGUGUAUGUCCGUGUGUGUUAGAUAGAGAGAGGGAGUUUCUUUCUUGUGGUUUGUCCGUGUGUGUGUGUGUCCUCCUAGUCAUGUUACACAAUGUAUUGGCUGUCAUAAUAGUGUAUUUGUGUGUGUGUGCGCAUUUGUGUGUGUGUGUUUGUGUGUGUGUGUGUAGGGGUUCUAUCGGGACACAGGGUGCGCUGCCCGUGGCACGGUGCCUGCUUCAACAUCCAGACAGGAGACCUGGAGGAAUUCCCUGGCAUGGACUGUCUACCCUGUCACACGGUAGGGAGGGAGAGGGUGGGAGGAAGGGGGAGGGAGGAGAAGGGGAGGGAGUAAUAUAGAAACAGAAACCUGGAGGAAUACCCUGGCAUGGACUGUCUGCUACAAGGUGGGUCUAACAGACAGAAAGACAGGCAGGAAGACAGAAAGACAGACAGGCAGGCAGGAAGACAGGCUUUGAUUGACUUUGUUUGAUAUAUUUUCCAGGUGAAAGUCGAAAACAACAAAGUGUAUGUGUCCGUAAACAAAAAGGUAAGCAUCACUUUUCAAAAUCACGUUGAUUUUAUUAAAUGCCAGAAUAUUACAACAUGCUGCAUUUACUAACAAGCUGAAGCUCUCAUUAUGGUUUCGAUUUACUGCCACUGUUGCCUUUACCAUGUUAUACAGAAACAGUAAGACCAGAACAACUAUUUGAGUUAGUUAUAGAUGGAUUAUAAAGCAGUUAUGAAGUCUUUAUGACCCUUUAUGUCACUCUAUGUCAUGUGGUGUAUGUGUGUAGGCAGCGAGACAGACCAAACGAAUAAAGAGUAUGUGCUCCAGAGUAGAAGGAGUCAUCCACACCAUCCUACUGCUCGGGGGAGGUGAGGACGGAAUUCUGGGGCUCAGUGUGUGUGUGUGUGUGUGUUUGUGUGUGUGUGUGCACAUGCGUGUUGUGGUUGUGCGCGUGAGCGUGUGUGAUGGAGGGCUCUCUCUCUGUAAGUGCAGGGUCUGCGUCGUUAGUGUGUGCAGAGACUCUGAGACAGGAGAACUUUGGAGGCAGAAUCAUCAUGGUAUCCAGGGACAACCUUCUGCCCUAUGACAAAACACGACUCAGCAAGGUAAAUUACCCUUAGGCACAUCUAGUAUCAGCUUACUAGGGUUUCCAAAUUCUGUAAGUUUUGCAAAAUUCCCAGGUUUUUCCAGAAAUCCUGUUUGUAGGAUUCCAGAUUUCCUACUCAUUCCCUCCUGAUUCCGGGCAUCAACCGACCAGAAUUUCGGAAUAACCUGACAAUUUUGGGAGCGCAACCAGAAUUCCAUAACCCUAGCGCUUACCCUCCCCAAAUCCUAACCUUAUUCAUUAGCUGAGAAAAUGGAAAACCAACCUUAGAUCAGUGUCAAAGGCCAGCUUCUAUUCUGGUAGGGGCAAAUGUCAUGGGGUCAGGGGUCAGGUCAGGUGAGGAUCUAUAAUAAGUAGAAUAGAUGGGAAACUCAUUCUGGAGUAAAAGAAAAAGUAAAGUUUUUAUUCUCUCUAACCGUCACCUAGUUGUGUUCGAGUAUGUUAUGAAUAACACAUCAUUGUGCUAACCCACCCUCCUCAGGUGAUGAAUGUGGAGAGUGACAGCAUUUUGCUGAGGAGGAUGGAGUUCUUCCAUAAAUACGACAUCGAGGUGUGGCUCCUCAAAGAGGUGGAUACAAUACAACUUGAUUUAUCCAACUGUUACAUAGUCCUCAUUCUCCUGGCCUUUACUUGCUGUUGGGUUCAUUAAGGAAGGAUGAGUUUCUUAGACAAAUUAUUCUCAAGAUUCUAUUGGAAUUCUACUGUUGACCUCAAAGGGUUAAUUUAGAUAACGCAUCUCGCUUCUCUUUUGCGCUCACUGAUCUGUAGUAUAUCUGCCUGUAUUUACAGCAUAUGAGUGCACUAUAUUUCUGGCCAAUGCUUGGUUGUUUGCAAGCUCUCAGAAGCCUUCUCAAGCUCUGUGUUAUUGUCAUGGCAGGCCAUGUCGUUGGACACCAAGAAGAAGAAAGUAACAUUUGAUGACGGUUCAGUCCAGAGAUACGACCAGCUCCUCAUAUCCACAGGCUGCAGGUGUGUACACACAAACACGCACACUAACACGCAUGCACGGCAGGUAGCUUAGUGGGUAAGAGCGUUGUGCCAGUAACCGAAAGGUCGCUGGUUCUAAUCCCCGAGCCGACUAGGUGAAAAAUCUGUUCGAUGUGCCCUUGAGCAAGGCACUUAACCCUAAUUGCUCCUGUAAGUCGCUCUGGAUAAGAGCGUCUGCUAAAUGACUAAAAAUGUAAAAAUGUUUAAAAAAUGCACGCAGAGAACAGUAACCCCAAUAUGGCCAGUAGUCCACCCACCCCAGAACACAGCAGUAGUUAGAGAAUGGGACUAGGAACUCUACUUAUUACUCUACUUAUUCUAAAUCUGUGUUCUGCUCCAUUCUAAUUAUGUUGUGUAGAGCGAAGGGUCUGGAGUGUCCAGGUAAAGACCUGGAGAAUGUAAAGAUGCUGGAGACACCAGAGGAUGCCAGGCAGAUCCAUGUUGCCUGUAUGGGCUGUCAUAUCGUCAUCGUGGGGACAUCCUUCGUUGGUACACUGUCUCAUUCUGUCUCAAACUGACACUUUAUGCCUCAUCUAUAGUGCACUACUUUUGUCCAGAGCCCUCUAUCUUUGUGUGGCUCUGGCCAAAAGUAGUGCACUACACUAGGAAUAGCCCUGAUCUGUGUAUUUCCCUGGCUGUGUGUUGUGUUUAGGCAUGGAAGUGGCAUCCUAUAUGACAGACAAGGCCUCCAGCGUCACAGUGAUUGGCAGCAGUGAGCUGCCCUACCAGAAGACCCUGGGCCCUGAGAUCGGCAAGGUCACUAUGAUGGUGAGAGACAGGAGAGGGCGCUCCGAACCCGCCUUUUAUUUAAGCGUCCAAUGUAUAACUAAGCUGUGUUUAAAACUGUGCUUAGAAGUCAUCUUCCUUUCUGCCUGAUCACCCCUCUGCCCUCUCAUUCCCUCCCCUCCUUGUGUUGUGUUGACAGAUGCUUGCAGAGAAGGAUGUGGCGUUCUAUAUGAAUGACAAUGUGACAGAGGUCCGCGGAGAGAACGGCAAGGUACUGUAGAAAGACCUCCCUGUGUCUGUGUCCUGGCAACAUGAACAGUAUCCCAUUAUAGUUGUAUAGCUGUGUUGGGUUAUUGAAUGAGAAUGUGUUUGUCUCUGUGCAGGUAAAAGAGGUUGUGCUGAAGAGUGGGACAGUCAUUCCUGCUGAUGUUUUAAUCGUUGGUAUCGGUAUGUCCAACACAGGACAAUUUUUACACUUUAAAUUCACUAUACUACACAACCUCAUAAAGACCUACUACUUUAUGACAAAUCUGAAAUAUAAAGACAGCUUUCUCUCUUUUCUUUGUACAUCUCAUACUUUCCUCUUUCCAUCUCCUUUAUCUCUCUCUCUUUCCUGUAUCUCUCUCCCUCCAGGUGUGAUCCCUAACUCAGAGUUCCUGCAGGGUACUCCCAUAGCGAUGGACUCUAAGAGCUCAGUCAUCGUGGACAAGGUGAGCUCCAAUUGGAUGGCUUGAUACAUCAUGUUGUUGUCCUACUGAAUCAAACCAAGGGUUGCUUUGUUUGUUAGUAAGAAUGUUGACAUCUAAUUUGUGGCCUUUGUCGUAGCUUUAUUUGUGGGAGGUUAGGAAUAAAUAAAGCUUAACUCUUUUGAGGGAAUGUAGGCUCUAUGUUAGCCCAAAGGCCUGGCUGAUAGCGAUAUUGAGUCAUUUCAUUUUACCGUCCAAAGGGAAGGUAUACAGCCGGCUAUACACUCGUAUCCACCGUGGACCGGUUCGUACAAAAACAUUCUCCAUUCAGGCUGCAAAGGCGUCGGUUUCCUCCUUGACUAAAUUUAAUGGCGAGGGAAAAUAUGCAUACUUUCUUUAUGAAACACCAUUUUCCACCACCAUUCUAGAGGCUAAUGCUAGUCCCGAAUGUUGCAUAGCGUGUUCAGCCAAUCAGGUUGCAGCAAUCUGUUUUUUUCACCGCUGGUCUGAUAGUCCGGGACCUCUGACUUUCUCAUCCAAUGUGUUUUGAGAAGGAGGCGUGGAGAGAGGACGUGAGGAGUAUGCAAUUGAGAUUCUUCCCCAGAGUUUAUUUAUAGAGUAACUAUCAGUGAUGUAGUGGAGAAAAACGCUUAUCACCUUUCACCAGUGUUGGGGAAGCUAGUCUGAAAAUAUAGUUUACUAAAGUUCCAAUUACUUCACACUGGAAGAAUUCAAGCUACACUAAAGCUACCUUCAAGAAAAAGAUAGUUUACUUAACUAAAGUUAGUUUGAAAAAGUAGUUCAUUACAUCCAAACUACUUCGUGAAAAAUUAUCAUAUCUAUCUAAUAUGUCAUAGACUACAAAUUGCAAGAACAGAUCACUUUGGAAUCAGAUGUUAACAGAAUGUGUACUUUAGCCUAUGAAACACAAAAGGUGAGAAUUAGGCACACAAAAAGUGUUUUAAAUGAGAAUAAGGCAGAUCUGAUGCUGAAAAAGAAAGGAAAUUCUUGCAUACUUCACCCAUAUCUUAUUUUUGCACAAAAAAAGAGUGUAGUUCCAGUAGUUAGCUACACCACUACAUGCCAAAAAGUUAUUAACUACUGAGAUUUUAAUUUAGUUCAACUACCACUAAGCUACUAUAAAAUGUACCGUAAUUUUCGGACUAUAAGCCGCGCCUUUUUUCCCAUUUUUUGACCCUGCGGCUUAUAUAACGGUGCGGUUAAUCUAUGGAUUUUUACAGCUAACGGCCACUAGAAGACCUCCUAAAUCUAUGGAUUUUACAGGUUACAGUCCACCAACUUUAACUCUAUGGGCUCUAUGACCGGUCCGCGCCCUCCACCUUUAAGCGGCGGGCUCCAGCAGGAAAAGCUGGAGGCCGGAAAAGAGUGAGACAGGUAGCGCGCAAAAGUAAAAGUGGAACCGAGAGUGGUACGAGAGAGAGAACGAGAGACAGAACGAGAGCAAGACAGACAGACAUUACGAGAGCGAGACAGUUUGUCUCUUUCCCGACAAUCCCCUCUGUGCACGAACCCUUACAUAUGGUAAUUAAACAUUAAAACACCUGCGGCUUAUAGUCCAGUGCGGCUUAUAUAUGUACACAACAUUCAAUAUCAUUCAAUUUAGCUGAUGCGGCUUAUACUCCGGUGCGCCUUAUAGUGCGGAAAAUACGGUAAUUAAAUUACUAGUUGAACUACAUGUAGUUCACUACUCCUCAACACUGCCAUUCGUGGUUUGAAUGCAUUGUUCUGCAAAAGGUGGGUAACUGCCUGCGCAAAAUAAAAAAGCGGCGUUUACAUGUGCUUACCCUCCACUACACCACUUGGUUCCUCUUCUCUCCUGCAGUGCAUGAGGACCAAUGUUCUUGAAGUGUUCUGUGGAGGAGACCUGGCUACCUUUCCCCUGACCAUGGCCAAAGACCAGAGGGUCAAUAUAGGACACUGGCAGAUGGCACAGGCACACGGUAACUCACCCAGGCCAAUUUAAACGCAUAUGCAUCAGGCUUUUACCUUUGCUGUUAAAGAAAAUAUGGCGUCAAUAAUCUUUCAGAUAGAAAUAUCUAGAAAGCAAACCUUGUUUGUGCAAAGGUCUCUAGGGUUUUCCUAAUGUGGGUUUUUACUGGGCUUUUACUUAUAUCAUUGCUAUUGAUUUUGAUGUUGUUGCUGUCUGUGUGGUGUUGUUGUAGGGAGAGUAGCAGCCCUGAACAUGCUGAAUAUACCCACUGAACUCAACUCUGUCCCUUACUACUGGACCGUCCUACUGGGGAAGAACAUCAGAUACACAGGUAGGCCUAUCUACUACACACACCUUAACACACCUGAACACACACUGAUCAUUUGUGUGUAUGUGUCCUUUGCAGGCUAUGGGGAAGGAUACACUGACAUCGUAGUAAAAGGGAAAGUGGAGGAACAAAAGUUCCUGGCCUUUUAUAUCAAGUGAGUCAACAAAAAACGGCAUCGUUCAAAUGGACGUGUGUGUGAGAAUGUGAGUAUGUGAUGUCUGUAUGCGUGUACAAUACCAGUCAAAAGUUUGGACACACCUACCCAUUCAAGGGUUUUUCUUUAUUUUUACUAUUUUCUACAUUGUAGAAUAAUAGUGAAGGCAUGAAAACUAUGAAAUAACACAUAUGGAAUCAUGUAGGUCAUCAAGGCAAAGGGUGGCUACUUUGAAGAAUCUCAAAUUAUAAAAUUGUACACUUUUUUGUUUACUACAUGAUUCCAUAUGUGUUAUUUCAUAGUUUUCAUGCCUUCACUAUUAUUUUACAAUGUAGAAAAUAGUAAAAAAAUAAAGAAAAACCCUUGAAUGAGUAGGUGUAUCCAAACGUUUGACUGGCACUGUAUGUGUGUGUGGCUGUGUGUGUUUGUAUGUGUGUGUAUACUUUAACACAGCAUGUGUGUGUGUGUGCAUGAAUGCAUGGCAGGGUUUCCAUUAACCGGUAAUUGGCUGCUUUUGGCCAAUAAAAUAAUUGAAAAGCCGAUAAAUAUAAUUGUAGCCUGCUAAAUUGUCCGGGGCUGACCUGCUGCUGAGGAGAGAGAGUGAGAGAGUAGCUUUGGCCUAUGCUACUGUUGAUUGCGAAGACGGAGGCUGUUUUCAUUGAAGUAGAACAACAGUUAGAGAGAAAAACCUACAAGGCAGGGCUCCAGACUGCGACCCUUUGACUUGGGUGUGGUAGCAAAAAAAAAUAUGUGUUGCAUCAGUGCGAGCUGCACAUUCAUUCACAUCACUCAAAACGUCCUAUUUUUUAGGAGGCUUAAACAGUAAAGUACAUUAUCCUCAUGAUUCCUGUAAUGAAAGUGUCUGCCUGCCUGCCCCUGUACCUGUUUCACUGGGGCUGCUGCUGUGUCGAGCGAGCCACUCUCUCUCUCUCCUUUCCCAGGGGAAAGAAAAGUGUUCUGAUUGUAUAAUUUUGUUAAAAUCCAAUUGCGGGGAAAACACAGCUAAUCUGUUGUAACAGAUGGAAAGAGGAUGUUCUCAGCUUUUUGUAGGUAUGCUGUUUAUUUCUCAACUCUAAAUAUUGAGCUCAAUAGCAACCAUUUUACCAGUUAUUAAAAAAUGCAAAACAUAUUUUGUUUCAAUCUGAAUUAAAUUAAGUUAGAUCUGUCUUUUUAAUUGUGCUCCGUAUUAAGUUUAAAGAUAGGUUAUAAGUAGGCCUGUUGUAAAAUACAUGUAAUUAGCCUAUUGCUGUCAUUUGUUGGGUAUGGUAGGCACAAGCGUUUCUUGGUAAUUGCUGCAAAAUAGCCUGUUCAAAACUUUUGUGAAGGUUUAAACCAGUUCGCAAGUGUUUUGUUUCAUUCGGUUGAGCAAUUUUCUUUGGCCAAAUUAAGUUCCAACUGUAAUGUUUGUGUUUGCCGCAAUAUAAUAUCCUGCUCGUAUUUUUCCUAUAAACAAUGACUUGACUUACUUUUGAUAUUACCCUAAUAAAGUUUAGAAACUUUUGCGAAGUUUUGGUGUGUAGGCCUAUGAUAUGAAGGCAGUGCGCGCCGGCGCUGCAACUAGCUCCGUCAGUUGAACUUGAGGUGAGGAAGGAUGUUUUAGGCCUACCAGAGUUACUCAUAUAAUCUAACAAUAUAAUGCUUAUCUUUAUAAAUAAUAUUCUGAUUGAAAAUUUCCAAAUUAGCCUCCUUCUGUACACCUAUAUCUGUAUCGCAGACGCAGUAAAUUAUUGUUUUACGAAAGUAAAAACCAAUAAAACAAUAGGCUAUAAAGUUUAGCAUUCAUUGCCUUCGGAAAUUAUUCAGACCCCUUUACUUUUUCCACAUUUUGUUACAUUACAGCCUUAUUCUAAAAUUGAUUAAAUUUGUUUUUUUCCCCCUCAUCAAUCUACACACAAUACCCAAUAGUGACAAACCAAAAACAGGUUGUUGUUUUAUUUGUGCACUUUUAUACUUUUUUCCCAGAAAUAUCACAUUUACAUAAAUAUUCAGACCCUUUACUCAGUACUUUGUUGAAGCAACUUUGGCAGCGAUUACAGCAUCGAAUCUUCUUGGGAAUGACGCUACAAGCUUGGCACACCUGUAUUUGGGGAGUUUCUCCCAUUCUUCUCUGCAGAUCCUCUCAAGCUCUGUCAGGUUGGAUGGGGAGUGUCACUGCACAGCUAUUUUCAGGUCUCUCCAGAAAUGUGCAAUCGGGUUCAAAUCCGGGCUCUGGCUGGGCCACUCAAGGAUAUUCAGAGACUUGUCCCGAAGGCACUCCUGCGUUUUCUUGGCUGUGUGCUUAGGGUCAUUGUCCUGUUGGAAGGUAAACCUUCGGCCCAGUCUGAGGUCCUGAGCGCUCUGGAGCAGGUUUUCAUCAAGGAUCUCUCUGUACUUUGCUCUGUUCAUCUUUGCCUCAAUCCUGACUAGUCUCCCAGUCCCUGCCGCUGAAAAACAUCCCCACAGCAUGAUGCUGUCACCACCAUGCUUCACCGUAGGGAUGGUGCCAGGUUUCCUCCAGACGUGACACUUGGCAUUCAGGCCAAAGAGUUCAAUCUUGGUUUCAUCAGACCAGAGAAUCUUGUUGUUCAUGGUCUGAGAGUCUUUAGGUGCCUUUUGGCAAACUCCAAGUGGGCUGUCAUGUGCCUUUUACUGAGAGGUGCCUUCUGUCUGGCCACUCUACCAUAAAGGCCUGAUUGGUGGAGUGCUGCAGAGAUGGUUGUCCUUCUGGAAGGUUCUCCCAUCUCCACAGAGGAACUCUAUAGAGUUCUGUCAGAGUGGCCAUCUGGUUCUUGAUCACCUCCCUGACCAAGGCCGUUCUAACCCCGAUUGCUCAGUUUGGCCGGGCGGCCAGCUCUAGGAAGAGUCUUGGUGGUUCCAAACUUCUUCCAUUUAAGAAUGAUGGAGGCCACUGUGUUCUUGGGGACCUUCAAUGCUGCAGAAAUGUUUUGGUACCCUUCCCCACAAUCCUGUCUCGGAGCUCUACGGACAAUUCCUUCGACCUCAUGGCUUGGUUUUUGUUUUGACAUGCACUGUCAACUGUGGGACCUUAUAUAGACAGGUGUGUGCCUUUCCAAAUCAUGUCCAAUCAAUUGAAUUUACCACAGGUGGACUCCAAUCAAGUUGUAGAAACAUCUCAAGGAUGAUCAAUGGAAACAGUAUGCACCUGAGCUAAAUUUUGAGUCUCAUAGCAAAGGGUCUGAAUACUUAUGUAAAUAAGGUAUUUCUGUUUUCUAAAAACCUGUUUUCGCUUUGUCAUUAUGGGGUAUUGUGUGUAGAUUGCUGAGAUUUUGUAUGUAUUUAAUCCAUUUUAGAAUAAGGCUGUAACGUAACAAAAUGUGGAAAAAGUCAAGGGGUCUGAAUACUUUCCGAAGGCACUGUAUGCUACACAUCAAAACACAAGGAAUGGUGUUUUUGUAAUAAGUUAUAUGGUCUGUAAGGACACAUAAAUGUUGCUCAUUUUGACAAUAUAUUGAUGGCACUGGCUGCGUGGGUGGACGGCCUAAUGUGUUACGCACCCAAUGCAUAUGGAUGACAAGUAAAUUUCUCAAAUGUCCGAUAAAUGAAAAUCUUCCCCUGGUCACUUGUCUGGCGUGAAAUUUUCCUAACAGAAAAUCUGGUGCAUGGGUGCAUGUAUGUGUGAAUACUACUGUGUAUUAACCAUUUGUCUCCCCACAGGGAUGAUGAGGUAAUAGCAGCAGCCAGUCUGAACUAUGACCCAGCUGUUUCUGCUGUGGCCGAGAGGUUCGCUGCAGGAAACGUCAUCACUAAGAAAGAGGCUGAGUACGUGGCUACGCACAUCUCUCUCUCACUGUAA